AUGGCAAUCUCGUCAGCUAUCCGGAAAGCCAAUAUUCAAGGGGAUAUAUGGCCCGGUUUACCCAAGAGAUUUCAGUCAUUUCUGUUCUUCCGUAUCAGAAAGCCCGAUGAAUUCAAGAAACGGCUUCAGGCCUUUGUGCCGGAAAUCACAUCGGCCAAGGCUGCCUGUGAAAUGAAGGACAUCAUUCUGGAGGAGAAGACGCUUGCUCGGAAGCAAAACAGACCGGCAAAACUACAACCCUUGCCAGGUGUCAAUAUCUCAUUUGCCUCAACCGGGCUAGCAGCACUGGGAAAAUUCACUUUCGACGAAGGUACAGUCAAGAAAGAUAAAAAGCUGUCUACUAUCUUCAGAAACAACCAGCUUCGCGGUGGCCUGUUUGGGAAGGGCAUGUAUGACGAUCUUGUGGGCGAGGGCUGGGACAAUCCCGAAGAGCUUCGUGAGGCAUAUAAGCCCUUCGGUGAAAGGAAAGAACGGUUGAUUCAUGGUGUGAUUAUGGUCACAUCAAGCCUGAGGCCAGAUCUGCUUGAGAAAGUCAAGCGUGUGAAGGAACAUUUCCUCAAGGAAGCCGGAAGCGAUUCCGAUAACUACGUCGUUAGCAAUGAUCCUGUCAUUGAUUUCUGUUUUACCAAAGAGGGGCAGACUCGCCCUGAGAAGGGGAAAGAGCAUUUCGGUUUCGAGGAUGGACUCAGUCAACCACAGAUCACAGGUUUGGAUAGGGAACCUGAAGGUAAAGAGCCAAAGGCCGUCAAGCCAGGGAUGAUAUUUUGUGGUCAUGAGGGUGAUGAGAUGAAUCAACCCAAAUGGGCAGUUGAUGGCAGCUUCCUCGUCUUUCGUGACCUACAGCAACUUGUGCCAGAAUUUGACAAGUUCAUGGAAGACAAUGCUCAUAAGGCCCCAUUUACCAAGGAUCAUCCCAAGCCAAAGGAAAAGCUCGCCGCAUAUCUCAUGGGGAGGUGGAGAAACGGCACACCCGUUGAUGAAUCUCCCCACGAUGACAGUAAUGCGGCUCUUCACAAGUCGAAUAACUUUGACUACCAGCCUAUUCACAAGCACGACAAGUGCCCUUUUGCCGCACAUACCCGCAAGAUGAGACCUCGUGGAGAUCUAGAAGACGACCACGCCGUUAUCAUUCGCCGGGGAAUUUCCUACGGUGGCGAGGUUACACCAGAAGAAAAGGCCUGUCAGAAAUCUGAUCCAGAGCACGAACGUGGACUCCUGUUCGUCUGUUACCAAAGUGACAUCCGCAACGGCUUCAACUUCCUCACCACCCGUUGGGCAAGCAAUCAUCACUUCCCAGACCGCAAGGACAAGUUCCUCGGUGGCGAUGGGCCAGGUAUCGAUGCAAUCGUGGGGCAAAGACUAUCUCACCAUCCACCCCGCUCUAUCGGACUGCCUGACGGUAAGGAUCCCACGGAGGCCCGUAUUGAACUUGACAGCUGGGUUGUACACAAAGGUGGAGAGUACUUCUUCACGCCGUCUAUUGAAGCGAUCCAGAACUACCUCACAGCCCCAUCUGAUUAUCCUAUGGCGCGCGACUCUAAGCUUUGA